AGGCGUGGCUAAUAAGUUUUGGCUUCCAGAGCACGAUGAUGUGCUUAUUCCUUAUCUUGCAGAUUUAGCAUUGGAUGGCAUGAAGCCAGACAAGAACUUCAAGGCUGAAGCUUAUAAAAUGGCUGCCAUGAAAAUCAACAUGCAAUUCAGGACUGAUUUCACUCACCUGCAUGUCAUUAACCACUUGAAAUGUUUGCGGAACAAAUUCAAUGACAUGAAAGCUUGCCUUGAUAUAAGUGGUGCUGGGUGGGAUGAAACAAGUAAAAUGAUUACAUUGGAUGAGGAAACCUUGAAAUCUUGGGCCCAGGACAAAUCCAAUUCUAAGUACAAAGCGUACAUAAACAAACCCCUUCCUCACUUCAAAAAUUUACAAGUUAUCAUGGGUGAUGAUCAAGCCAAGGGUGAUUUUGUUAGGCCCGUGUACGCUAACAUUGGGUCUAGUAGGUCCAUACCUAUUCCCGAUGAUGAUUGCGAGAUUCUAGAGGAGAGUGAAACUGAACCACAUUCUGAUGCUUGCAACCAACCACAUUCUAGUGCUGUUAACCAACCAUAA